AUGAGCUUCCAACAGCAACAACAAUCCCCCUUCUCAUCGGCUGCACCGCCUUCAGAUGUCGACCCUACGCGCUUCUCGUGGCUUGAGCCUCACCCCCAGUUCGUCGUUGCGCUGGUCGGCCCUGAGGAGGUGCCUUUUGCCAUCCAAAAGGAUUUCCUCUGCGCCAAGUCGGCCUCCUACCGCAAGCACUUUGCCAACCAGGGCGAAGAUGCUAUAGAGUCCAUCGUCAAACUUCACGACACUUCUGUGGAGGUCUUUGGCUUCGCCCAGCACUUCAUGUACACGGGCAUGGUCGUCCCGGCCGAUGCGCCCAUGCCAUCGUAUGAAGUCUUGGUGGGCGUCUGGAAGCUGGGCCACACCCUGGAAAUUGAGGGUCUCUGCCAUCAGACAAUCGAGGCCAUGAUGGAUGUUCGACAGGCGACGGAGCGUAUUCCCGCUGCUCCAUUGCUCGUACAGGUCUGGAAGGACACUCCAGAGGGGUCGUCCAUGCGGAGGCUUCUUCUCGAGUGGGCUGCUGAGUACGUCCGGUCAUCUGAGGGCAACGCCGAGUUCGCCAAGUCCCUGCCACAGGAGGUCCUUAGUGAGCUGGUACUUGCCAUGAGCAGGCCAGACACCUUACCUCUUGUCCAGUUUGGAGGCAACAGUACCCAUGCCGCCUUCACGCCCGCUCAGCAACAGCGCAAGGUAGUGCAUUACCUCGACCAGGAAGAUGAGGAAGAGGCUGACCCUGCUUCCUUGUCCUCCAAGAAGCAGCGCCGCCCCGAAAUGUUUUCUAACGGACCAGCAUCCAAGGCUGCCGCUCGCAAGACCAAGGCAGUGCCCGUUGUCAAAGCCGCGCCUCGUCGUCGUUCUAACGUCGCUGCGAAUGGUGAGCCCCAAGAGUUCACAACUGAGCAGAAGCUGCUGUUCUGUCAAGAUCUGCUCGCCCGUAUGCUCUCAGGACCAGGAUUCUGGACCCGGCUAGUUGGCCCGUUCAAAGAUCCAGUCGACCCAGUUGUCGACAACGUGCCUGACUAUUUUGAAAAGAUCGCAAAGCCUAUGGACCUAUCCACCAUGAAGGCCAAGAUGGACGCAAGCGAGUACACCAGUGAGGAAGAAUUCCUGGGCGAUAUGACACAGAUCUUCACCAACUGCAAGACCUACUGGAAGCCGACCGACACCAUCUGGGCUGCCUGCGAGAAACUCGAGAAGACCUUUAUGGAUAAGUAUUCCCAGAUGAACAAAUGGCUCAUGAAGAUGGAGGGGAGCGACGAGCACUAGGGACCCUCAUUACCAACUCCUGGCCAGUCGGAUGAUACAGCAGAUGAUGAUUCUUCCUCCUCCUCCCGCUGCUGGUGCUCCAUAACCAGCCAGCCGAGAGCCAUUGCAGAGGAGCAUAAGAAACCUUCUCCGCCGACACCUGGCGUUAUCGACAGGCCACAUCACAAAUACUGUAACGACAGUACCGCGCCACCCC